CAUGUCACUGUGGGAACGCUUCUGUCGGAAUCCACUGAAUCAGUUGCCAUAGAAACUGUGUUCAAUAAUAGCUAUAGUCACUGAAUUAGUAUUUAUGCAGUCUGAGAAUUGUUUCACACCCCCUGCUUUCUUGCAGAGAGGGCCUUGAUAUAUAUUUAGCCCCAAAAAUGAAAAAAAGGCAAGCAAAAAUCCAGAUUUAUGUUGAGGGAGAAAUAUGCACCUCUGCAAAUGUGUGUUAAGUGCAUUUUAGCCUUGACCUAAUACAUGCCAUCUUCACUCUGUAAAGCCGGCACACAGGUUGCAUACAUGCAUUUACACAGAUUGCACAAAUGCAUCAUUAAAGUACUUCAAAAAUAAAAUUAUGAAUAAAAAAGAUUCUAAAAUUAAUGCUCUGCCAUGACAACAACAGGCUGCACCAAUGUUGCAUCAUUUACAUUCAUCACUGGGUGCUUAAGUGGGUCAAGGCUGGCAUAUUUUAUAUUUUGCAUGGGUUUAAUGCACCAUUGCGACUUUACGCAGAAUUUAGAGCAAGCACAGAGCCUGCUCAGAGCAGCCUUAACUUGACUAUGUAAAGCACUUGCAAACAUUAUUUAAAUGUUAUCAUGCAUCAAAUCACAGCAUGCUAAAUUUGGUCUAUUUAUUAGACAAGACUAUUAUUAUCAUCAUCAUCAUCAUUAUUAUUAUUAUGGUAAACUCGUUGAAAUGUUCUGCAUCAAACUGUAUUCUCUACAUCUGCUUGUGAGAAACAGCACACAAAUGCAGGGGUGCAUCAGAAAAUCAGAGAUAAACUUAAAAUGAUCAAAGAAUUAAAAUAAUUGAAUAAGUUUCCCCCUAGUGGAAAGCAGAGAUGGUCAUGUGCAUGUGAACAGUCAGUCAGUCAGUGGUUUGCGCUGUGAAGCUGGACCUCAGUGCGUCUGUGCGUGAUCGUGGGAGCCUCGCAUCAGCUCACUGCCCACUCCACGCCCCCGCAGAGUCUCCCAAACUCUCGGUCGCAGGAGGAGAGAUGAUGUGGGGGAUGUAAGACACGGGGAUCAGCAGACAGCAGCUGGAUUCUCGGGCGAAAAUCAGCCGCUCUGAUGGAGUGAAGACAGCAGAUACACGAGAAGAUGGAGAGGAGACUGUGUUAAAGAGUACAGGGUUGUACAAAGUGUCAGCCCACAGGACACAGUGUUCAGAACACAGCUGAGUUCACCAGAAUCUGAGCCGGGAUGUCCCGACAUUGCUGAGGCCGGAGGAGGAGAGAGGUGGGGGUUUCUGGGAUUCUAGAGGUGGAGAGCGAGACAUCAUGGGUGAUGGAGGGGCCUUGCACACUGAGGGCAAUGCCCUUCUGAAAGCAGUGUUCCAGGGCAAGCUCCGCCUCGCUCGCCUCCUCCUGGAGGGCGGAGCCUAUAUCAAUGAAGGGAACGGGCGAGGGGAGACGCCGGUCAUAGCGGCCUGUCUGGCAGGAUACGAUGAUCCGCAGACCCGGCAGAGAAUGGUGAGGUACCUGCUUGAGAAGGGAGCAGACCCAAACAUCCCUGACAAAUCGGGUCGGACUGCCCUGAUGCAUGCAUGUGCAGAACAGGCAGGCAAAGAGGUGGUGUCACUGCUGCUGGAAAACGGCGCCGAUCCCAGCUUGAAAGACUAUUCCGGGGCCUCUGCACUCGUACACGCCAUCAAUAAGGGUGACAGGGACACUCUCCAGGUCCUUCUGGAUGCCUGCAAAGCCAAAGGUAAAGAGGUCAUCAUCAUUACCACCGAUACAUCUCCCUCUGGCACUAAAAAGACCAAACAAUACCUGAACUCCCCACCAUCUCCGGGUAUAGUGGACAAGCUUUCCCCUGCUUGCAUGUCUCCAUCUGAGGUAGAGAUCCAUACCUCUGGCUCUGCCCCCGGUGAGGAGGAGGAAGGUAUCUUUAGCUUUGCAGUGACUUCAGCACUCCCACUACCGUCCAGCAGACCACAAGGGGAGAGGAGACCACCGCCCCGUAAGCUUCUGAAAAGACUGAACUCUGAGCCAUGGGGUCUGGUGGCUCCUUCAGUACUUGCUGAGAGAGCGGAGCGGAUAGAGGGCGAUUUAGCAGAGGAGGACAAGUUGGUCUCGGAGAUGAAUGGGAUGACAGUUUCUGGUCCAGGCAGACCUCUCCUGUCCCGAAGGCACAGUAUAGAGACCCAUGACCCAUCUUCACCAAAGCUGAUGGACCGGUCCUGUUCUGAAGACUGUGCAGCACUGUGUGGCUCUUCCUGGGCGGAUAAAGUCCAUCAGCACCAGUCACUGUAUCGUCGAAACACGGCCCCUGAGACUCAGGACAGUGUGGCUCAGGCACCGACGGGAAUCCGUGGCUUACCACACCCCAAACUCACCCGCAUGGAACACUACGAGUCAGACACCCACCUGUGCCCUGCCUCCAUCCCUGGAUCUCCGGAUUCUGGGCGUGUCUCGGUGGAGCGCCGCAAGUACAAUGCCUCUCCCUUGUCGCUGCUCACCAGCUCUUCUCGAGAGUCCCUGGAGAGCAUUCCCAACUCUGUGUCUCCUAUGACAAUGCGGCGGCGUCCAACAGGACUGUUGGAACGGCGGGGAUCAGGCACUCUCCUUUUGGACCACAUCUCCCACACAAGACCUGGGUUCCUUCCGCCUCUCAACGUCAACCCUCAGCGACCCAUUCCUGAUAUCCGUGCCAACGGAAAGCCCACUUCUCCCGUCCACUCAGGGAGCAAGAUCCUGCUGCCAGUCGCACCAUCGUCACCAAAGCGUGGACCAGACUUCAAGAUGAAGAAGAAACUGAUGAGACGACACUCGAUGCAGACGGAGCAGAUGAAGCAGCUUUCGACCUUCCGGGAAAUCCUCACAGAAAAGGUUAUGGAGAUGAAUGGAGAUUGAGAGCAAGAGAGAAGGAGAACGAGAGAGAGUCAGUGCUGGUCAAGAGUUUUCAUUACCGGGUUCAUCUACAUCAUCUUUGAGGCAAACCUGCCCUGGUCCAGUUCAGCUCCUUUAGAACUUAGUACAUACAUCAAAGAUAUGCAUUGUGGAGACAAAACCAUCUUCAAAUCCAGACAAUGAAAGUGAAAAUGAGUCACGGUCACUCAAGAUCAUAAAAGGGAUCAGUUAUUCCAAAUUUGGAGACCAUUCCAAAGUUAUUUGGGAUUAUUUCUUGAUCAUCAAGAAUGCUUGAAGUUGGACCCAUUAGUGUCAGUGGAAGUGCUGUUGGUGUUUGAAAUUGCUGCAACCCUCCAGAUGAAACCUCACAGAUCUUGUAUUCUACAGGUUUCUCUAAGUAUUAGCGCUGUUAUGGCUAUCAGCCUUCUUAAUGUUGUGCACUGUCAGAAAACAAAUAUGCCCAAAUUGUACCUUUAGGGGCACAGCUAGUUGUUGAUAGGGCGCUACCCAUAAAAGGACAAAUUUGUACUUUAUCUACCCCUAAAAGGUGCAUAUUUGUACCUUAGAAUAGUAAUACAUAUGUACUUUUAAGGUACUACUAUGCGUCGUUUUGGGGUAAAUAAGGUGCAAAGAUGACCCAAUAAGGGUACAAGCUGUUGUAACCCUAAAGGUACAAUUUUUGCUAUUUUUUUUGUGAUGAUCCUGUGGAAUAAUUGGGUUAAUACACUUAAUAUUCCGGGAAAAAAUGCACAUCCAUCUGUUUUCCUUUGGUAACAACAUCAAGUGAAGUUCAAAACUCUUAAAAUUAUUUUUUUCAGCCAUUACAGUACAGUACAGUACAUUUCAGUACAGCUAAAUUGAAUCAAGUAGUUUUAUUAAAAUUUAAUUUAAUGGUGAUCAUUUACUUACUUGUAAAUAAUAGUGCUCAAGUCUUUUUAAUGCAAUAUUUAUUUCUGCGUGUUUGUUUUGCACUGAAGGUUAAGAAUUGUAGUCCUUGAGUCCUUGACUUUUAAUUUGGCGAUGGCAACCUGAUUUUUUCCACAGGAUGUACACUAGAGAGUAUUGGAGAUGGUUCAUCUUAGACGAUGAACACAUUUCUGAAGAACACUUUAUUGCAUUAUGAAAGUGCAAUAAAAUAUUACAGGAAUCACUCAACAUAAAAGCAUUAAAAAAGCUAUAUAACUAAAAACAAAAUUGUACCAGUUAAACAUACUGCAUGUUUCAUGGCUUUUGGAUGGGUCGUUUAUCUUUCCUAAACUCUUAUAAGUGACACAAAAUAAGUGAAGUGCAAUUCUUGAAACUCAAAAUCCCAAAGAAACUCUACAAAGCCCAUCCAAAACCACACAGAUUCACCCUGACCCGACUCAGUGGAGGGGGAGAGAGAAACCCCUCGCCUAACGCACAGUCCCACUGGAGACACAGAGCACAAGAUAUUGUGUACAUACUGUACAGAGUACAAUUGUGUCUCAAGCGUUUGAACGUGCAAUAUUCUGUGCUGCCUCAGCACAGAUUUCAUAUUAUUAUCGUGAAUGUGAACAAUCACUCGGACGUGUGUCUGUGGUAACAUGCUGCAGUAAAUAGUUCAAGACGAGCUGGGAGCUCAGUUUACAUUCAGAGGAGGAAUCUCUGCACAAAAUACAUGAGAAUGAAUUUCCCUAAAGAGCUGCAGUGCACAGUGUGUCCGUGUCAAACACAUAGUUCAACUCAAGCUUAUAAUGUGAGUGAAUAUAGUGCUUCUGCUUUGAGAUGUUCUAAACUUGAUGUGAAUUAAACUUAGUGUACUUGAAAUGUAUCAUGAAAACAAAAAGAGGAAUAUUUUUUUAUGCCAGUAGGGUUUUAUUCUUGUUGUUUUUUAUUUUUAUUGAAACGAAUUUUAAUGUUUAAUACAGUUUGUUGGUUGUGCAAUUUCACUUUGACGGUAGCUUUUGUGUUCCAGGAUGUUAGGAAAUAAUAUAUGAGCAGCCAUAAGCUGCCAAUGGCUAUAAGCAAUCUUCAACGAUUGCGAUAAAACCCAACCGUUGCCUGUUAAACCGACGGACUGAAAUCCAGAUCUCUGAUUACCUAUAGCCCUUUGUCAUCCUGAUGCGAUUAGGAGAAUCUUGGCACUUUGCUGUGUAUUCAUUGAUUUUAGUGAUUCUCCUCUUUUCAUUUAACACACAAGCGAGAUAACCGGGAGUUUGAUUUGUUUCUAAAUAUGUUUGUAUCUAAGUAUCUCCAAUAUUUCUGACCUGCUGUACAAAAAUAUCCAUUUAAAUGAGUUAAAAUUGUGUUCAGGUGUACCUGAAAAGAUGUUAAUAGUGUAAAGGGUGUUUUAGGUGCUGUACACAAUGGACCUCCGUCUGUGCUACACUGUCGUUGGGUAGUUUGAGCUGCUCUCCAUUCACAUAGAAGGGUCACAGUUACACUAUCAGUGCAUCAUUUAAUGGAUUAUGGAUUAAAUAUUUCUUGUUAUUUUGUAUGUUUAGUGUGAUACACAGG